GCCUCCAGCCGGUCCGGCGCUGGCAGGGUCGGGGUAAGCAGCGGGGCUCCCGGGCCGCGCCGCAGCCCACGGUCCCUCCCGCCUCCAGGAGCGGCCGGGGCCCGGAAGGGCAGAGCCCGGGAGACCGCCCCGGCAGGGCGCUGAGGAGCCGGGGCAGAGCAGCCCCGGAGAGCGGGACGCGGCCCCGCACGGCUGCGCCCCGGGCACCGGUCCCCUCUAUGGCCCCGCUGCUUCUGCUGCUCCUGGCCGCCCUGCCGCAGCCCCUGGGCGGCUCGGGCCGCUUCGCGCAGCCCCGGCUGCGGCGCUGGGGGGCGGCCGCCCUGCGGCACCUGCAGGCGGCUCCGCGGGGCGGCCCCGGGCCCGAGUGUCCCGCGCUCUACGUGUCGGAGCCCGCCCGGCCCGGCCACAAGGUGUGGGCGCUGCUCCCCGACGGCUCGGGCGCGGCGGGCGGCGCCAACCGCAGCGGCCCCGGGGCGCCCCCUGCGCACGACGCGCUGCUGCUGCUGGACCCCAGCCCCGGGGCCAGCUUCGGCCACCCGCUGCGGCUCUUCCACCUGGACUUCGGCGUCAGCCCGGGGCGCUGCCGGGGCCCGGACCGCGUCUACCUGGGCAGCUACGAGUGCCUGAGCCUGGCCCUGCGGAGCCGCUGCGAGAACCGGACCAAGCGGCACGGGCGCGGCGGGCAGGGCAAGCGGGAGGCCGCCGGGGCCAGGCGCGCCCGCCGGGAGGAGCCGCUGGCGGGGCUCUGCGAGAUUCACUUCCUGCCCUUGGUGGUGGCGGCGCUGGACCCCCGGCGCCAGCAGAGGCUGCACUGUGUAGAGCUGCAGGGGUUCAGCCCGUGCCCUCAGCUGCUCCCCAUCGUCAGCCCCAGCCCCGCGGCUGCUCCCUGCGAGCUGGACAAGAACACUCGCCGGUGCCACCGGCAGCAGCUGCCCUCCCACAAGUCCUGCCGCAUGUACCAGACCUGUGACCACGCCGUGCUCAUCUCAGGCGGCUGGCAGGAACAGAUCACUUACCCCCACCACGCCCGCAACCUGCAGCUCUUCGCCCAGAUGCUGCGGCAGAAUGGCUUCCGGCAAGAGCACAUCAAGGCCUUCUUCGCGGGCAACGGCCAGGCACCAGGGGCCGCAGAGGUGGGCGACGUGUAUCCGGCCACGGAGAAGCGGCUGAUCCGCAGCCACCUGGCGCUGGUGUGCCGUACGCGGCUCUGCGCCGACUCGCUGGUGCUUUAUCUGAACAGCCCCACCCGGAGCGACGGCACCAUGCUCCUGUGGGACAGCAAUGAGAACGGCAUCGCCGACCCCAAGGAGCGCUACCCUGUGGCCGAGCUCCUGACGGACCUGGAGGGCUGCAACGCCCGCAGGGUCUUCCUCUUCCUCGACCAGAGCUACCCGGGCCCGCUGGCCAGGAAGCUGCUGGCGUCCGGGCGGCACGGGAACGUGGUGCUGGUGAGCAGCCAGAAGGGCUCCGACGUCACCCGGGGCUCAGCCUUCAGCGAGUUCUGGGCUGGGCUGCAGCCUGACCAGUGCCUGCUGCAGCACCUCCGGCAGGAGGGCCCGCAGGCAGCUGGCUCCUCUCCUGGGGCUACGCUGCAGCUGCUCAACGUGACCCUGGCUGGGGCGCCCUGCCACAGCACCCCACCGCUGACGGAGGACGAGCGCAGGCGGGAGUUCCUGGGCUGCCAGAACCUGCCCACCAUGCUCUGGUACCAGGCCAUGCACACGCAGCGGCAGGACGACGACUGAAGCCGGGUCCCCUCCCUGGUUCCUGUUCCCUGCUGGGCAGGACUGAGCCCCCCACGCCCGCCCAGAGCCAGCCGCAGGGGCUGUGGCCCCUCCCAGGCUGGCCGGGCAUCAGCCACAGCCUCCCGCAGCGCCAGGGCCAGCUGGGAUGAACAGGCAGGAGCGGGGUCUGGCUAAAGCUGCGAUGGGGCAGGGCAGCGCUCGGGCUCUGAAAGGGCCCCCGGUGUGUGCCAGAUGGGGGCAGACAGGGACCCACUGUCCAUAACCUGCUCCCUCAAUAAAGACUCAGUUCUGUCCA